AUGAAACUUCUUGAUUCCGAUGAUGAUGAUGAGGACGUCGGGGAAACAUCCAACUCACUGGAAAUCAACAAGAACUAUGCUGAACGUUACGAUAAUUGGAGGAGACUAGAAGAACUACAAAAGAUCAAGGGACACAAUACGGCGAUAAUCUCGAUGACACAUCUUCGAGUGAAGAAGAGCCUAGAAUACGAUAGUGCUAUCUAUGAUGGAACGUCCUCGUUUUGGCACGAUAGUGGUGGAGACGAAGCAAAUGAGCGGGAGAAAGCGAAAAAGAAGGAUCGAAAACCGAAGCCGAUGUACCUCAAAGAUUACGAGCGGAAACUGAUCCUAGAGAAAGGAGGUCAAAUAGACGAGAGCGACGAGGAAGAUGAACAGAAAGGCUCAAAUUAUUUUGAACAACAAGAACAGAUACGGAACGAACUGCGUCGAGUGGUUGAAAGUAAUGACGAUGGCAACGUUUCUGAUGAAUCGGACGAUUUGCUCGUUCCCAAAGUGAAAACCAAGGAGGAGAAGGAAGCAGAAGACAACGAUUUUUAUUCCUGGAUGAAAUCACAGGACUCACAGGAAGUUAGUGAUGACGAUAGUCUGAAAGGACUCAAAAAGGCUUGGAAGGAUCCAAAUAUUGAUGAAGGGGAAAAGUUUUUGCGUGACUAUAUCCUGAAUAAAGAUUUCAUUCCUGAAGCUGAAGACAAGUAG